CGGGCAUCAGCAUCUAGAAAUCACACCGGGGGACUGUUAGAUGUCGUGUUCUCGCCUCUGUGAGGAUGUGAGGAUGCCAUCUUUGCAGGCCAUCUGAGAGAAAAACUGUUUGUGCUGGAAAUUCAUGGCCAAAUGUAGAACUGCUGUGGCCGAGGAAAAGCAGUUUAGAGGCGCGAUGUCGGCCACUCAGGGGAUGAACCGCAGCGGCAUCUACAACUACUUCCUCAACAUGGUGGCCUAUCAGAUAUGCUGCUGCUGUGGACCGGCUCCUUGCUCGCUCUGCUGUGCCUUUUGUCCUCCGGUCAAAUCCUCCACCAGCACGCGGGUCAUGUACACCCUCUUCCACAUCAUGAGCUGUGCCGUCUCCUGCCUCAUGCUGUCCCGAACCGUCUCUGAGCUCGUCAGGGAAAAUGUGCCUUUCUUCAACAUGGUGUGUGACCAGGCGCAUGGCGGAGGCCACUGUGAGAUGCUGGUGGGCUACUCAGCAGUCUACAGGGUCUGCUUCGGCACUUCUUGUUUCUACCUGAUGAUGGCGAUCUUCCUCAUAGACGUGAAGUCCAGUCAGGACUUCAGAGCGCUCAUACACAACGGCUUCUGGUUCCUAAAGUUCAUCACCCUGCUCGGGAUGUGCACCGCUGCCUUCUUCAUCCCAACAGAGUCCUUUCUGCAUGCUUGGCAUUAUGUUGGUGUGGUGGGAGGAUUUGCCUUCAUCCUCAUCCAACUCAUCCUCAUCACAGCUUUUGCACACACCUGGAACAAGAACUGGUUGACUGGAGCGGCAGAAAACAAGCGUUGGUACCUGGCGGUAAUGUGCGCCACACUCUUCUUCUACACCAUCGCCACCAUGGCCUUCACCUUCAUGUACAAGUACUACACACACCCCAUCGCCUGCCACUUCAACAAGGCCCUGCUGUGGAUCAACCUGGGGCUCUGCGGCCUCAUGUCCUUCAUUGCUGUCACUCCGUGUGUGAAGCAGAAGCAGCCUCGGUCGGGGCUCCUCCAGGCCUCCAUCAUCAGCUGUUACGUCAUGUACCUCACCUUCUCCGCUCUGUCCAGCCGCCCACCAGAGAAAGUGGUGUACCAGGGCAUGAACAUGACCGUCUGUUACCCCAGUGUGGGACAAGAUGGCAUCCAGAAUGAAGGCAAUGCUGUCGCCAUCAUUGGAGCGGCCAUCAUGUACUGCUGUGUGCUCUUUGCAUGUAAUGAAGCCUCCUACCUGGCAGAGGUGUUCGGUCCAUUUUGGAUGAUCAAAGUUUACCGCUAUGAGUUCCAGAAAGCAACUUGCUGCUUCUGCUGCCCCGAGGAAGAGGAAGCUGAAGAAGAGUUCGUGAUCGACGAUGAGAGCAAAGGCUGUCAGAAGGUCAUUCACAACGAGACCCAGAGAGUCGCUUACAGCUACUUCUUCUUCCACUUCGUCUUCUUCUUGGCCUCGCUGUACGUGAUGAUGACCCUCACUAACUGGUUCAGCUAUGAGUCGGCAGUGUUGGAGACCACCUUCACCCACGGCAGCUGGUCUACCUUCUGGGUGAAGAUGUCGUCCUGCUGGGCCUGUGUGAUCCUCUACCUCUGGCUGCUGCUGGGCCCUCUGUGCAGCUGUCAGUCUGAAUCCAGACCUCGCCGCUCACGUAUCAAACGCCGCUCAGCAUCUUCCCGUCACGUCACUGUCAGCGUCUGACAGCCUCUGUGAGGGGCCGGGCAGGAGGGAGGCGGACGUGGCGAGACGUGGGCGAGAGGUCAGAUGACUCCGAGCCUCCUCGUGGUGCCCCGCAGGAGGGGAUUUUCAGGAAUGGAGGUCACAGCGGUCAGAGGUCAAAGACUCACAGUCCUGUGAGAAGGACCAAUCAGGAGGCUUAGCGCCCUGUUGAUACGUGAAGAACUUGGUUAAGCCCUGAUGUCACAGGCACAACAACAUGAAAUUAAACCACUAACAAGGACUUGACUGUGGUUUGGAAACACAUUUACAGUAUGAAUUGCCAAAGGGAUUUGAAGGAGUGAACGCUCACUCUCUUUAAUGUGGGAAUUACAGUAAGUCGGUGUAAAGUUGGAUAAAUUUAUGAAUUUCUACUGUUUCAUUUUAGUGUUAUUUUCAAUUUUUGGCUGUAUUUAGACUUUUAAUAUUGUAACAGAGGAAGAAUUCUAGAUAUUUGCUGUAAUGUUGCUACAGAAGCACACGUCCUAAUUACUUUUUUUUCUGCCCUGAAAAACAAAGUCCUCUUAUCUUUGGCAGUCAGCGGUUGUGAUCAUGAACAAAUCUUUCUCAAUGCUGGAACAGAGAACCAAGUGCAAGGUCAAACAAAUACCAUAGCUAGUUCUUGUCGAUAACAUCUAUAAUCAAAGAAGUGAACUGAAAAUAUUUAGGCAGGUCAUUUCAACCAAACAUCAUAACAGACGUUGUCUCUGUAGUUUCAUCUGUGAAAUCAGUGUGUGUGUUCGGUUGGAAGCAGAACUUUAGAUUUCUCUCCAUUUUAAGUUUUUAUAUAAUCUUUUAUUUAUUUUUUAUUUUCACAACUUAAAAGUCAAUAUAAUUGGUGACCCAUCUUGCAAUCAAAUUCAGUUACCAAGAAGUUACAGUACAAUCUUCAAAAAAGUUAAACGUUUUGGGAAAUACAUUGCACCUGGAGAGGAAUGGCGUCAGCUCGUCUCACUGUAAAACCACAACUUGUUGAUUUUACAUUUCUGUUUGUGGACAGAUUAAACAAAGGAGAUAUAACAUGUUAAUGAUGAAGCUUCAGAGGGACAGAGGCAGGUGAGCUGUACCCUCAGUUUUUCAGUCUUUAUACUAAGUUAAAGCUAACAAGCUAAUGUAAUAUAUGCAAGUUUUUGCUAUUGCUAUGUAGUC